AUGACAACGAUUACAUCCUUACCAGAAGAAUUGAUAUCCAUUAUUCUCAGCUACAAGGAUAUCACCAUCGAGGAUAUCAUUAAUUUCCGAUGCGUCUGCAAACAAUUUCGUUAUGCAGCCAGUUAUCCAAAGUAUAUGGAAAAUAAAUUUUCUCAAAGAUGGCCUUCUUUAAAAGAACACUAUGACAUUAUGUCUAAGACUUUUAAAGAUCAAGACAAUAAUUAUGAAGAAUUCAAAUAUUGUAAUCGAAGAUUCACCAUAUUUUCUUUUUACAACGAUGAGCUUAAAAGCUUGCUCACACAUUCUCCACGAACUGGUUGCGAUUUAACCGAAAGAUAUUAUCACGAGAAACUAUUUAACUAUAUAAAGAAUUCUAGAAUAAAAUUAAGCUUGGGCAAAUUUAAGACUUUACCUGAUAGAGCACGGCUUAUGGAAUGGAUUGCCUUUAAUGUAGCACAAACUUUACAAAUCCAAAAGGAUGUAACUUACGCGUACGUAGUAGAAUCUUUGGAUAAUAUUGCACGAGAGGUACAAAAUUAUCUGAAACAAAAACAUCCAGAUCAUUCGAUAUUUUCGACGUCCGCUGAAUUUUUUUCUUAUUGGAAAAACAAUAAUAUAGACGAUAAUCACUGGAACGAAGCGGAAGGAAUUCAGAUUAUCGAUGCAUUAGACGAAUACAUAUUUCGCAAAUUAAAAUUUCGGCCGUGCGAAAUAAACGAUACAAUUCUGGAAUUCAUGUGUAUAGAUAAUGUACUAAAAAGUAGAUAUGGACAAGAAGUGAUUAUAUUAAUAAUAUAUCACAGCGUGGCAAGAAGACUUGGUCUACGUUCCGACAUUGUGGCAUUCGGUGAACGAUUAGAACUAUCUUACUGUAUACAUUGGAAAUCCAGAUAUGGCACGAUUAAUCCAGCAAAUGAAAGAUGUUUUAGUGUAAUGUUUAACAAAUUCCCGGAUUGUCGUGUCAAUAAAUCAGCGUAUCAGAAGAGGUCGCAAAAUUUAUAUCGUAAUGAUUUUUUACCGUGCAACAGAUUAGGUCGAAUAUCACCAUGUGAACUGCGAGACAGGAUACUGCUAAGAUUUGCGGAUUUGACAUACCAUUAUAACAACAUUUCUCAGAUUAAGGAGCGUAAAAAAAUUUAUUUAUUUAAAACAAGUAGCUUUGAAGUAUGUAUGCACUAUACACACAGCAUUAAUUAA